AUGAGUGAAGAUCAUAGGCCAGAUAUUGAUCCUCCUCCAGGAACUUCCAGAUCCAAUGAGGUAAAUGUUGCUGAAAGCUCGAACCAGUUCCUGCGGAAGUUGAAGAAUGGAUUAACCAAAAAACUUCCUAAACGCUUCAAGCGAACACGCAACCGCACCACUGCGGUCCACAGCGUUGAGAUUGAAGGGGCUUCAUCGAGUCAGCUAGUCGAGUCCUUCGGUUUUCUUAGAGGUACUCAGGACACGUUGCAUCUCCAUCCUUCCAACGACAACAAGCAUCCCACCACAUCUGAGAUUCCCAGCCACUCCGUGAACCAGGGGCUGUCCGGAGAGUCUGCUUCACAGAUUCAGGCUACUUCUGGCGCGCAAGGAGGACCUGAUACCCAAUUAGUUGACGCCGAACUUCAGGGUGCCUAUGAUGGUACACAAAACAUGCAAUCACUCGGGAAACAUGCGACUUCUAUGGCAUCCGCCGUUUACAAUGCCCCAGCGGACCUUACAGCCACGGAUAAUUUUGAAACAACGUAUCUCCAACCCCUCAAGAUUGUCGAUGCUGUCCUCGAGAAGAUCGCAAACGUACAUCCGUACGCAAAGAUGGCGCUGGGAGUGCUAUCUGCUGCAUCCAAAGCACAGCGCGACCAAUCGAUUUUGAGUCUUCUCGAGAGAUUGGCUGAGGUUUACCGCUUCAUGACUCAAGACGACAGUCUUGAAAAAAUUGAAUCGAUGCGCGGUAUCGUCGGAAAGAUCGUUCACCAGACUCUUGAGGAAGAGACUCGGGAAAAACAUUAUCUCGGAAACUGA